CAUUAAAAAUUUCCACGAUGGAAACAAAAUCAAUAAGAAACAAAAUUCAAAUAUUUUAGCUUAUCAACUUGCCUUAAUAUAAAAUAAAAGAUUCCUCAAAAUAUGAAACGCCAGACUGCAAUUCCACUCAGAGCCUCUGGGCGCCGCUGUCGGCCAGUGCAGAGCAGGCUCCAACGCCCGGCAUCCCUCAGUCUCUAGGCUGGAAUUUCCUGCGCAGAAACGAAUACACUCCAAAGGGAACUCUCGCUCACAGAGACUAAGACACAGAUUCCCAGCCCCAAACUGGGGUCCGGCUGUACGGGGCCAGAUGCACCUCCGCCUCGGAAGACCGCACUCUAUCCUACUGUGAAGAUCCGAAGACCUAGAGAGAACCCGAGCCAGCAAUGGGAGGGAGCUGCGCACAGAGGCAGCGCCCCGGCCGCCCGCAGGUACUGUUUACCCUGCUGCUGCUGCCUUUGUUCUGUCCCGCGCUGGGCCAGCCGGUCCGCUACUCCAUCCCGGAGGAGCUGGACCGCGGCUCUGUGGUGGGGAACCUCGCCAAGGACCUGGGGCUCAGUGUCCUGGAAGUCUCUGCAAGGAAGCUGCGGGUUAGCGCUGAGAAGCUGCACUUCAGUGUGGACGCGGAGAGCGGGGAUUUACUGGUGAAGGACCGCAUAGACCGCGAGCAGAUAUGCAAAGAGAGAAGAAAGUGUGAGUUACAGUUGGAAGCUGUGCUGGAAAACCCCUUGAAUAUUUUUCAUGUCGUUGUGGAGAUUGAGGAUGUUAACGACCAUGCUCCUCAAUUCCCAAAAAAUGAAAUAAACUUAGAAAUAAUUGAAUCCGUCAACCCAGGGAUGAGAACAAUUCUGGAGUCUGCGAAAGAUCCUGAUAUUGGUGUGAAUUCACUGAGCAAGUAUCACCUAAGUCCUAACGAGUAUUUCUCAUUGUUGGUGAAAGACAAUCCUGAUGGUGGCAAAUACCCAGAAUUAGAACUGCAAAAGACGCUGGACCGAGAAGCCGAGAACACCCACCACCUGGUGCUGACAGCUGUAGACGGUGGGGACCCGCCCCGAAGUGGUACCGCUCAGCUCCGAAUCCGAGUGGUAGAUGCCAACGAUAACCCCCCAGUGUUCAGCCAAGAUGUGUACAGAGUCCGCCUUCGGGAAGAUGUGCCUCCAGGGACGGCCGUCCUAAGGCUAAGCGCGACGGAUCAGGAUGAGGGCAUCAAUGCGGAGUUCACAUACUCCUUCCUGGGUGUGGCUAACGAAGCUCAGCACGUGUUCUCUCUCGAUUCCCUAACUGGAGACAUCAUAACUCACCAGCCCUUGGAUUUUGAAGAAGUAGAAAAAUACACGAUUGAUGUAGAGGUAAAGGACAGAGGAUCUCUUUCUUCACAGUGUAAAGUAAUUAUAGAAGUUCUAGAUGAGAACGACAACCACCCAGAAAUAAUCAUCACUUCCCUCUCUGAUCAGAUAUUGGAGGAUUCCCCUUCUGGAACGGUUGUGGCCCUCUUCAAAGUAAGGGAUCGAGACUCCGGGGAAAAUGCACAAGUCACGUGCAGUUUAAGUGGAGACAGUCCAUUUAAGAUUCAUUCUUCUUCCAAUAAUUACUACAAGCUAGUGACAGAUAGCAUCCUAGACCGGGAACAGACCCCGGGGUACAACAUCACUAUCAUAGCCACAGAUAGAGGCAAGCCACCCCUUUCCUCCAGCAUAAUCAUAACUCUGCACGUUGCUGACGUCAACGACAACGCACCUGUCUUCCAACAGCCCGCCUAUCUGGUAAACGUACCAGAAAACAACCAGCCCGGUACCUCCAUAGCCCAAGUCAAAGCACGGGAUCCAGAUCUUGGACUAAAUGGCCUCGUCUCCUACUCCAUCAUAGCCAGCGACCUAGAGCCAAAGGCACUAUCCUCUUUCCUUUCCGUGAACCAGGACAGCGGAGUGGUGUUCGCUCAGCGUGCCUUCGACCACGAGCAGCUGCGCUCCUUCCAGCUGACUCUGCAGGCGCGCGACCAGGGCUCGCCCGCGCUCAGCGCCAACGUGAGCAUGCGCGUGCUGGUGGGCGACCGCAACGACAACGCGCCGCGCGUGCUGUACCCCGCGCUCGAGCCCGACGGUUCCGCGCUCUUCGACAUGGUACCGCGCGCCGCCGAACCCGGAUACCUGGUCACUAAGGUGGUGGCUGUGGACGCAGACUCGGGACACAACGCCUGGCUGUCAUACCACGUGCUGCAGGCCAGCGAUCCCGGGCUCUUCAGCCUGGGGCUGCGCACUGGCGAGGUGCGCACAGCGCGUGCCUUGGGCGACAGGGACGCGGCGCGGCAGCGCCUUCUGGUCGCUGUGCGCGAUGGUGGACAGCCACCGCUCUCGGCCACUGCCACAUUGCUCCUAGUUUUCGCAGACAGCCUACAGGAAGCAUUGCCGGACCUUGUCGAUCACCCCACUCCUUCCGACUCCCAGAGUGAGCUUCAGUUUUACCUGGUGGUGGCCUUGGCCUUGAUCUCAGUGCUUUUCCUCUUCGCGGUGAUUUUGGCCAUUGCUUUGCGCUUGCGACAGUCUUCCAGCUCUUCAACCACUGGAUGCUUGGGGCCAGUUCUCGGCUCCAAGUCUCGACCUGUACUUCCACCGAACUACAGCGAAGGGACAUUGCCCUAUGCCUAUAAUUUGUGCGUGCCGGGAGAUCAAGCUAAGUCAGAUUUUAAUUUUCUCACUUCUGUUGGUGAUUAUCCAGCCACACAAGAUAUUCUCAACAAAGAUAGUUCCUCAGCACUGUUGACUAGCAUUUUAACUCCUAGUGUUGAAGCAGACGAGAAGACCUUUAACCAGGUAUUUCAUAUUAUGCUUUUUAAAUGCCGGUAUGCCAAUGUGCUCCAAUAUAGUUGUGCUAUUUUAAGGAUUUUGUUUUGGUUUUGUUUUGUUUUGUUUUGAGACAGAAGUUUCUCUCUGUAGUCCUGGAAUUUGCUGUGUAGACCUGGCUGACCUAGAAUUCACAGAGAUUUGCCUGCCUCUGCUUCCCGAGUGCUGAGAAUAAAGGGGCGAGCCACCUGGCCGGCUCUAUUUUUGGAACUUAAAGUUCCUAAGAGAAAUCCAGGCCAAACUCAUGCUAUCCCUGUGUUUGGAAGGGAUGUGGGAAUGUGGUUCAGUGACAAAAUCCAUGUGCCUAGUGUGAAACAUUCCCAGUUCUAUCCAGCACAUACAACAAAAGGUUCGCAGUGGUUAAAUACACUACUAUCCAAACAUCUUUAAUUCUUUCUUUUUUUGAGGGUUGAAGGUAUAGUAUGCUCUAGGUCCUGGCUUUGAUUACUGAUUCUCUCCUCCCUGUCCUCUGGCCUCUAACAUAUACAAGUAUAUGAAACGCUCACUCGAGUGUUUCAUUAAAAAUGGCUUGCAUUUAUAAGUAUGAAAUACAGCCGGGCGGUGGUGGCGCACGCCUUUAAUCCCAGCACUCGGGAGGCAGAGGCAGGCGGAU